UGUCGGGCGAGCGGCUCUCUCUUUCUGUGUCUCAUUCGCAAGAUGGCGGAGGCUGCAAAUUGCAUCAUGGAGAAUUUUGUAACCACGCUGGCUAAUGGGAUGAGCCUGCAGACUCCGCUAGAAGAUGUCUCGUGCACCCAGCCGGAAAGCAGCGGCAAGCCGACAGCGGAGGAGAUGACCUCCAAGGAUUACUAUUUUGAUUCUUACGCUCACUUCGGCAUUCAUGAGGAGAUGCUGAAAGACGAGGUGCGCACGCUGACCUACAGAAAUUCCAUGUUUCACAACCGGCACCUCUUCAAAGACAAAGUGGUUCUGGACGUCGGCAGCGGGACUGGGAUCCUCUGCAUGUUUGCGGCCAAGGCCGGUGCCAAAAGAGUCAUCGGGAUCGAGUGUUCCAGUAUAUCUGACUAUGCCGUCAAAAUAGUCAAAGCCAACAAACUCGACCAUGUGGUGUCUAUCAUCAAGGGCAAGGUGGAGGAGGUGGAGCUGCCCGUGGAGAAGGUGGACAUCAUCAUCAGCGAGUGGAUGGGCUACUGCCUCUUCUAUGAGUCCAUGCUCAACACUGUUAUUUACGCCCGCGACAAGUGGCUGGCUCCUGAUGGGCUCAUUUUCCCAGACCGUGCUACUCUGUACAUCACAGCAAUUGAAGACCGGCAGUACAAAGACUACAAGAUCCACUGGUGGGAAAACGUGUAUGGCUUCGACAUGUCCUGCAUCAAAGACGUGGCGAUCAAAGAGCCUCUGGUGGAUGUUGUCGAUCCGAAGCAGUUGGUCACCAAUGCCUGCCUCAUCAAGGAGGUGGACAUCUACACAGUGAAGGUGGAGGACCUCACCUUCACGUCACCCUUCUGCCUCCAGGUGAAGCGCAACGACUACAUCCAUGCCUUGGUGGCCUACUUCAACAUCGAGUUCACCCGUUGCCACAAGCGCACUGGAUUCUCCACCAGCCCUGAAUCUCCCUACACCCAUUGGAAGCAGACGGUUUUUUACAUGGAGGACUACCUGACAGUGAAGACGGGAGAGGAGAUAUUUGGCACCAUUGGCAUGAAGCCAAACGCCAAGAACAAUCGAGACCUGGACUUCACCAUUGACCUGGACUUCAAGGGCCAGCUGUGCGAGCUGUCGUGUUCGACGGAUUAUCGGAUGCGUUAACGCGUCUGCCCCUCCGCCAGUUUCUUUUUU